AUGAACAUCUAUGAAAAACUGCUGUGGACAUCAACACCAAGAGAGAUGGCUAGGAAAUUUCUGAUGGAAAUGAGGAAUUAUCAAAAGGGAAGACGGAUACCAACUGCAAAAAUCAACGCAAUCAUUUCAAGGCUGAACAUCAUGAAAGACUGUGGAAGAAUACUGACAACGCUCAAAUUCAAAAGGAUUAGAAUGAAAGACUUCAGAAAAGAACCAAAGAAAUACGAAAAAAAGAUACAGGAAGGUUUGGAGGAACUGCAAAUGAAAAUCUUUUUCAACAAAGAAAAUCUGAGCAUGGCUGUAAGAAUGUCUAGGAAACUCAAAUGUAUCACUGGAAAGGAGUUGGAAAAAGUCAAAGAGAAAAAUGAAUCACUUUGCAAGUACUCAAAAUCUUUUUUUUCUUAA